AUGGCACGAGAAGAAGUGGGGAAUGUGAGGGUGGACCCCCUGGGAGACGAUGAUGCAGAGGAGCUAGCAGCGCAAUAUAGGACGGAGACACGAAUGGUGGGGGUGGGGAAACCGGUGGGACAAUCGCAGGCGUCGGCCCUGAUAGUGGCUCCAAAGCCAAUAAGCCAGGUAGAGCCGGAUCAUUGGCACACUAAGGCUGACAAAUCCACAAUUACUGCGGCGGAUUUGGAGGCUAUCAGGGAAAAAUACCAGAUUCCGGCGGAGGCCAGAAAGGAGGGGGAGGCUCUGAAGAAGAAGAAGAAGAAGAGGAGUGCCCCAGAGGGAGCUGCAGAUGAGUCUGGGGCCAAGAGGUCUAAAGUGGCCCCAGCUGAGGUGGAGGUCCCUGUGGCCAAGGAUACCCCAGAGGUGAUGGGGGUCACCCCAACACUGGAGGUUGUGGAGGCUGCCCCAACAGUGCAAAUAGGAGUUGGGUUGACUGAAACUGCGCCGAGCGGGAGGGAGCAGACCAAAAAGGGCCCUGCCCCCCAGGAAGGAGGGGUCUGUCUGGCCACGGCAAUCUAUCAUGCUCGCGCGGUAGCUGGAAGGUUGGAGGGAGAAGAAGGCCUAGCCAGGGCGGGGGUAGACCGCUUGGCGAAGAUUGUGGAGGAGACAGCCUUGCGCUCGGCAUCGGGAUUCAAUGAGACUGACCUGCUGAGGGGGAUAUGCUCUGCCGAAAUGGAGGAGUUGGAGGAUGAGCGCGUCAAAGCAGAGAAGGAGAAGGGGAGGCUCGUGAGGGAGUUGGAAAUAGAGAAGGCGAAGGCGAUGGCGGAGAUGGAGAGCCUGAGGAAGGGAAUGGAAGAGGAAAGGGCGACAGCGGCUGCUGAAAGGGGGGCCCUGCAGAGAGAGCUGGACGAAGAGAGGGCGAAGGCGGCUUCUGAGAGGGCGGCCUACCCUGAUCUGUGCGUUGCAGUAGUGGAGCAAUACAAAGGGUCUCCCGAAUUUCAGAUGGCGGUAGAUGCUGCAGUCGCCAGGAAUCUGGCUGGGCAAGAAUCUGGGGGGUGGGCCCAUCAAGGACGACUGUUGGAGUUGACUGUGUUGGUCUGUAUUGUCUAA